AUGGGUUGUGUUUGUGGCAAGCCUUCCGCCAUUGACGACAGCAGAGAGAGUCCGAGGGACAGAUAUGGCGAUAAAACUCAGUCUGAAUUACGUGUCCCUAGGGUUGCAUCAUCAAGAAGAGAAGUCUACAGGGUCAAAUCACAAUCAGAUAAUAACGAUGGUGGACCAAUGAUUAUCGAUAAACAUGUCAAUGGCUCAAUCAGAUUACCAGGAGAGAAUCUUGAGAGAAAAAGAGAGAAAACAGAGUCCAUCGUUUCAACACACCUUCCUGUUCUAACCAGUGUCCCUAGAGCCACCGAAGGUGAGCAGGUGGCCGCCGGUUGGCCACCAUGGCUGGCGGCAGUUGCAGGUGAAGCUAUCAAAGGAUGGGUACCCAGAAAAGCAGAUUCUUUUGAGAAAUUAGAUAAGAUUGGACAAGGUACAUAUAGUAAUGUUUAUCGAGCACGUGAUCUUGAUCAUGGAAAGAUUGUUGCACUAAAGAAAGUAAGAUUUGACAAUUUGGAGCCUGAAAGUGUCCGAUUUAUGGCUAGAGAAAUUCACAUUUUACGCAAACUUAAUCAUCCAAAUGUUAUAAAAUUAGAAGGUCUUGUAACCUCACGAAUGUCAUGCAGUUUGUAUCUUGUUUUUGAGUACAUGGAACAUGAUCUAGCUGGACUUGCUUCUCACCCUAAUCAUAAGUUCACAGAAUCACAAGUUAAAUGCUACAUAAGGCAGCUUUUGAAAGGUCUUGAUCAUUGUCAUAGUCAUGGGAUUCUCCAUCGUGACAUAAAAGGUUCAAACCUUUUGGUUGAUAAUAAUGGGGUUUUAAAGAUUGCUGAUUUUGGACUGGCGAGUUUUUUUGACCCUGGUCAAAGUCAACCGUUGACUAGUCGGGUUGUGACUUUGUGGUAUAGACCACCUGAGCUUUUACUUGGUGCUACUUAUUAUGGGACAGCUGUUGAUUUAUGGAGUACUGGUUGUAUAGUUGCUGAAUUGUAUGCUGGAAAGCCGAUAAUGCCUGGAAGAACAGAGGUGGAACAACUCCACAAAAUCUUCAAACUUUGUGGCUCUCCAUCUGAGGAUUAUUGGAGAAAAUCAAAAUUGCCUCAUGCCACCAUUUUCAAACCUCAACAACCUUACAAACGAUGUGUUGCAGAAACAUUCAAGGAAUUUCCAGCACCUGCAUUAGCACUCAUGGAGACUCUCCUCUCCAUAGAUCCUGCUGACAGAGGAUCCGCAUCUUCAGCCUUGAACAGUGAGUUCUUCACUACAAAACCACUCCCUUGUGAUCCUUCAAGCUUACCAAAAUACCCUCCAAGUAAAGAGUUUGAUGCUAAAAUACGCGAUGAAGAGGCUAGAAGACAAGCUGCAGCUGGAGGCAAGUCUCACCGACCCGAUCCCGAAAGGCGAGCCACACGGGAGUCUAGAGCCAUGCCAGCUCCUGAAGCUAAUGCUGAACUUGCAUCUUCCUUGCAGAAAAGACAAGGGCAGUCUUAUUCCCGUAGCGAAAAGUUCAACCCUCAACAGGAGGAAUCGGCAUCAGGCUUUCCGAUUGAUCCACCGAGACCUUCUCAAAAUAUGGAGGAAGAACAAGCCAACAAUCUGCACAAAAGAGCUUCACAUUCUGGGCCAUUGGUUCAAAGGGCAGCAUGGUCAAAAGUUGGAAAAAAAGUUGAAUCAAACGGUGGAGAUUUAUCAGGAAUUUCGGGUCUAGUGGCUGCUAGGAAGAGUAUGUUGUCUGAAGAUCGUAGGGACAAAUCGGGAACUUCACAACAACAUCAUCCAAGAUUGAUUAGCCGAUUUCCUGGAUCACUUAAAGAAGCUUCUUCAAAUGCUGCAAGCCACCCUAAUGAUGAUGAUGGAAGAUCAAGCAAUAAAGAUCCGGUUUCUCUUGGAUACGGGUCGAAAGGAAGCAAGAUUCACUACUCGGGUCCAUUACUAGCUCCAUCUGGGAAAGUUGACCAAAUGCUAAAAGACCAUGACCGACAAAUCCAAGAAGCUGUAAGAAGAGCACGUGAUAAAACCAAAGUGAGAAAAGUUCAAGGAGAGAACACAUUCUUUUCUGGUCGAUAAGCUCAAAAGAUUCAUAAACACGGAUCAUCAAGAAUGAAUUUGUAGGCAAUAUAAAUUCAUAUGUAUAAUGAGCUAAAUGUUUAAAAGUUUUCACCCCUUGUCUUGUGUAUAGUGGCAUUCGAACGAAUUGUGGGGGUUCAUACUUGAUUUUUUUUUCUUGUCUUUCUUUUGGUAGGGAAGAGGAAAGGGUGUGUUCUUGCAAAUCCAAGUUCAAAGAAUGUCCAAUCUGUAUCAUUAAGCAAUUGUGGUUUCUAAGACUAAUCUGAGUUUGAAAUUGAGCCAUUUUGUUUGUUUUUUGUUUUAUAUGGGU